CGCUGAUUGGCCGGCGCUGACCGCACAUGUUGUCCUUGGGGGUGACAGGAAGUAGUAGCUGAGGAUGCUGAGUGCGAGCUGCCGCUUGCUCCCCCGGGGGGUCCGGGAUCUGCUCAGCCUGGGGCCCCUCACUGUGACUCCGAGCCGGGUGAGUUCCACAAUGUGUGUCUAUAAAUCGCUCAGUGAGUCAGGAGACUAAGAGAGCCAGGAGACAUGCCCACUCAGAGAGCCAGGAGACAUGCCCACUCAGAGAGCCAGGAGACAUGCCCACUCAGAGAGCCAGGAGACAUGCCCACCCAGAGACCCAGGAGACAUGCCCACCCAGAGAGCCAGGAGACAUGCCCACUCAGAGAGCCAGGAGACAUGCCCACCCAGAGAGCCAGGAGACAUGCCCACCCAGAGAGCCAGGACAUGCCCACCCAGAGACCCAGGAGACAUGCCCACCCAGAGAGCCAAGAGACAUGCCCACUCAGAGAGCCAGGAGACAUGCCCACCCAGAGACCCAGGAGACAUGCCCACCCAGAGACCCAGGAGACAUGCCCACCCAGAGACCCAGGAGACAUGCCCACCCAGAGAGCCAGGAUAUGCCCACCCAGAGAGCCAGGAGACAUGCCCACCCAGAGAGCCAGGACAUGCCCACCCAGAAGACAUGCCCACUCAGCGACCCAGGAGAUAUGCCCACCCAGAGAGCCAGGACAUGCCCACUCAGAGACACAGGAGACAUGCCCACCCAGAGAGCCAGGAAACAUGCCCACCCAGAGACACAAGAAACAUGCCCGCUCAGAGAGCCAGGAGACAUGCCCGCUCAGAGAGCCAGGACAUGCCCACCCAGAGAGCCAGGAGACAUGCCCACCCAGAGAGCCAGGAGACAUGCCCACCCAGAGACCCAGGAGUCAUGCCCACCCAGAGAGCCAGGACAUGCCCACCCAGAAGACAUGCCCACUCAGCGACCCAGGAGAUAUGCCCACCCAGAGAGCCAGGACAUGCCCACUCAGAGACACAGGAGACAUGCCCACCCAGAGAGCCAGGAAACAUGCCCACCCAGAGACACAAGAAACAUGCCCGCUCAGAGAGCCAGGAGACAUGCCCGCUCAGAGAGCCAGGACAUGCCCACCCAGAGAGCCAGGAGACAUGCCCAGUUAGAGACACAGGAGACAUGCCCACCCAUAGAGCCAGGACACAGGCCCACCCAGAGAGUCCUGGGUCUCUGAGUGGGUAUGUCUCUUGGAUCUCUGUGUGGGCAUGUCCUGGGUCUCUGGGUGCCCACUCAGAGACCCAGGACACAUGCCCACUCCUUGUGCUGGGUAAUACAUGUCUUAUGGCAUUACCAAAAGGAUUUCAUUACAAGUGAAUGAAAGGGAAAUUAUACUUCACUCGCACUUUACUGUGGUGCAUGUAUAUCAGUCAGACUACACUUAGUAUAGUAGGUUAGCUAAAAUGUGUAUAUUUUCAAGUGCUCACAAAUGAUUUAGACACACAGUCUGUGUGGCAGGGUGAUUGCUUGUUCACACAGUCACUGUGUCUGAAUAAGAAUGCAUUUGCUGUUUGUGUUCGUUCAGGCAGUGUGAGUGUCGGUACAUGCAGUCUCUGUGGCAGGGUGAGUGUUGGUUCACGCACUUGCUACAGGAAUGUGAGUGUUGGUUGUGGCAGUGGCAGGGUGAGUAUAGGUUCAUGCAGUCACUGUAGCAGCAUCAGUGUUGGUUCAUAAUCUUUGUGGCAAGGUGAGUGUCGUUUCACUCAGUUGCUGUGACGAGGUGAGUGUCGUUUCACUCAGUUGCUGUGACGAGGUGAGUGUCGUUUCACUCAGUUGCUGUGACGAGGUGAGUGUCGUUUCACUCAGUUGCUGUGGCGAGGUGAGUGUUGAUUCACAUAGUUGCUGUGACAAGGUGAAUGUCGGUUCACGCAGUUGUUUUGACCUGGUGAGUUUUAGUUUACAUAGUCGCUGUGGCAAGGUGAGUGUUGGUUCACACAUACUCUCUGUGCCAGAGUGAAUAUAGGCUAAUGCAUUUGCUGAAGGGUAACUAGGUUAUAUGGCAGAUUCAGAUUUUUCCAUUGCAUACCCUCCCCUCAAAAUAAAUAAAUAAAAUGUAAGAGGUACACUUCAAGGGCAUCAUAAUACCUACAGGUUCUUGUUGUGUAUUUAUGGUGCUAGGAGCUCAUGGGUGUAUUCCCUCCAGUGUAUGUCAAACCACUAUAGGCACCCUGACUACCUCAUCUCAUUGAAGUGGUCUGGGUGCCAUCUCCCAGUCCCACUUCAUUCUGCAAUGUAAACCAUUGCACCUUUUGACUGCAGUGAUUUAACCACCUGCAGUUUUUAAAUCAGAAAGCCACUAGAGGCUCUUCCUCCCAGCGUCCGUUAAAUCCUUAUAGGACAGCAUUAAAGCAAUGCUUUCCUAUGGUGAGGGCCUUAUGUGCGCAUGUGAUGUCGGAGGAGGUGGAGCACUGACCCAGCGCCUAGGGAGAUCGGCACUGGAAUCAGGUAAGUGUUAAAAGGGCUUCUAACCCUUGCAGUGGUGAGGGGGAGUGGCGGGACAGAGGGAACUAUCGUGUAAGGACUACAACUUAGUAUUCCUUACACUAUAAAGUCCCUUUAAGUGGUUUGAGUAAAGAGAGGUUUCCCUGGCAUACGAAGUACAACACCUAAAUAGGAAACAUCAUGAGGAUGUUUAAUUUCUCCAUUAUUCUUUCAAUAUUUGUAUACCACAUAACCGAUUCAACCUGGAUUGGUCUUCUCCUGUUUAAUGGGCACGUUGAAUGUUUGUUCUUCCAUGUGAUACGGCAGGAUAAUGAAAUGUUGUCUCAUUGAGCAGGGCCCUCAACACCGUCUGCUACUGUCCGUCCAGCUCGCCUUGUUACAAAUACAUGUCUUUUAGUCCACCUAUUGUACAGCGCUACGGAAUUUGUUGACUCUUUUUAUAAAUAAUAAUAAUAAUAUACAGGAUCCAGUGGAAGAGGUGAGUAUCAGUUCUUAUACUCACUAUGGCAGGGUAGGUGUCUUUUUCCUGCUUACUUCUUCCAUAGGGCAUAGUUUUAGAGAAGGAAAGUGGCAAUAUAUGUACAUUUCAGGAUACCUUUCAAGUAUCAGCUGCAAAAUAGCACAAUAAAAAGGUUAAGCAGAGUGCAGUAUCAUUAUAGUGCUGUUUUAUAAGAGUGACUUCUAUACAAAGCACUGCUGUGCCAUUACAGCACUUCAUUACUCAUUUUAUAUCAUUAUGUUGAAAGGGCACCGCGUUGGCCAUUUUUAAAUUUUUAUUUAAUAUCAGUCUUCUUGAGUUUCAUGGAAGAAUUACGGUAUGGUAGAGUAGUCACAGCACGCAUUUAAACGGUACUAGCCAUCUGUUUGGGACUAAUAGUUGUAUCCCGUACGUGUCUAGUUUGGCUUAUAACUGCUCUGUUAUAGUAGGCUACAUAAAAUAUAAAAGUAAGAUAAAAAUCCUGGGUUAUGAGAAAAUCAACAGCUUAUUAACUAAGGCAUGUUCACGUAAGGAAAAUAAAAUGGAUGUAGCGUAAGCAAAGGUUUUGAAUUGACAAAUGUGUAAACCACAUAGAGGCUAGUAAAUUCGGGUUUGCUUUGAUGCAGAGGCCCAAGGUAAAGAAGGAAAAUAACAAAAGCACUCAAAGCACUUCCAAAAAUUGACAGUCAUCCAUGGAAGCGAUGCCAGAUACCUCGGUCACUGUUCCCAACGCCCUAUCCAAGCAGAUAUCCACUGGCGUGGAUCGUGUGAGAGUUCAAUCCCUGAAUGACUUUGAGCCUCGGUAGGCCAAACUGCUAAGUAGUGCUGUAUAGAGUGAUGUAUGUGCCUGGCACGGGGUCUUGUAGUCUGCAACCUCUCCACUGAUCAUCAUUAACUGGACAGUAAAUAUUAGCUAAUGGAGCUCUCUGCUCUGGAAAGUGGUGUAGGACUGAAGCACUGUUAGUAGCUGGCCUGGUACCAGGUAAGAUGAGCUAAAUCGCCCUCUCCUCACGCAUCCUCCAAAAAGUAGCACAAAUCUAAUCGUAUGCCUUGAGAAAGACCUCUUCCCACCUCUGCUGUUUCUCUAUUGCUAGUGGAUGUAGUGAUGCAGAGAUAGGUCCCAUCUUGGGCAACUCAGAUUGUUGCUGCUCAGCAGCCAGCUCUGUACCCAGAGUAGAAGGGACAGAGGAUAACUGUGCUGGUGGGGUCCGGAAUAUCCCCUUCUGGCCCUAAGGGGAGGGGAGAGCAGAAUAAUUGUUUAGUGAUCUGAUGGAGAGCAGGAAUCGGCCGCAUCCCCAGCCGCGAGUGAAUGAGCAGGCCUCAGUUGCAAACUCCAUGGGACAGCCAUAGCAAUCGCAAGGGCAAUAAAGAAAUGAAGGCCUCAGUAGUUAAUGAUUUGAGUAUUAAUUUUGCGUAAUCCAUGGAUUUUAUCAGUCAAUCCAGCCCCUCUUGUAUCCAUUUUAAUGGAGAACCAGGAGUUUGGAUAUUAUAUUUACCUAUCCUGCUGUAUUUAACAAAUAGGUGUUUGUGAGCUGUAAAAAUAAAACUUUGAUUUAGAAAUACACAUCUCUGUAUUAACCUUUCUCUUAGAUCUGGAUGAUUCCAAAUUGGUUUCAUGUCAAUGACAUUACACGUGGCAAUGUUUAUUUCUCCUCCUCCAUCCUUGAAUGCACUGGAUGUGCCUAGCUGUGCCAGGACUAAACUGGAUUGUGAUGUCAAUCAAUAAAUCUUUAAUAUAUAUUACAAAGAAAUCUUAAUGACAUGAAAAAAGAUUAACACAAGUUAUUGGUGAAGUAAUAUGUGUAUAAGUAUUUCACUUGCCUGCCUCUUAUUCAGGGCACAGUUAUAGUGGAACGAUGGUGGCAGGUUUCUUUAGCCAAGGAAGGGAAGGAACCAUAUUUGCACCCACGGAGGCAUCGAAUCUUCAGGAAGGUGGAAGAUAGAAAACACGUUAAGAAAGAUAAAAUGGAAUUGAUCCUAACUCAAACUGUUCACAGUAAGUCAUGAAUGAAACUGCUGUGUCCAAAAUGAAUUCAGUGUGAAACUAUCAGGCACACAGUCCUUGCUGUCCAAGUUCUGGGUAAACUGGCGCAUGUUAAAUGUAAUAUUAUUGUCUUACCCAUCAAUAGAUACUGAGUGGCUGUUAAGUUUCCUUGCACCCAUACAUGGGUGAGGAUUACUAAAGCUACAGUAUAUUUUCUAGAUCCUAAAAUGGAAUGGUGUCCUCUUUAUCCUCACAUCGUAGGUGGCAGUGUGUUUAAUUAAAAACAAGUCUUUGUGGGUGAUCAGGACAAUUUUAUUAACCCUCACUGCCACACAUUGUGUGAUGGGAGCAAGAUCUUGGAGUCCCCCCUACUUAUUAUACAUUUGGGAGAUUGUACAUCUUGUGAUCUAAUCUAUAAAUGAUUAAAUUAGACAAAGGAAGAAUACAUGUAGAAAUAUCAAGUGUUAUCAAGUAAAAUCCCCAUGAUGUUUGGUUUAGAAUAACAAAGCAUUAUGGCAGCCUUAGUUCAGCAACACCUGGGUAUCUGCCUAUAUGGCCACCCAUGGAUGAGACCUUUCUGUUUCCAGCACAGACUGACCCUUCCUUCUCUCUUUAAAUUACACUAAUGCUGUCCUCCUGCAGAGCUCGGUAACAGAGGGCAGAUAGUGAUUGUGGAUAAGGCUACAGGAAGAAAUAAACUCCUGGCACAAGGCCUGGCAGUCUAUCCUUCACCUGAAAACAAACAGAUGUUUGAAGAAGAGAAUAAGGUGAGUUGCUCUUCUUUUCCAGUUUUGUGAGUAGGGUUUCAGCUAUUGCGAUAACAAGUCUUCUUUUGUCUUUCUGGUGUCUCCAGAUGAUGCAGGACGAGUCUUCCCUAAAAAAGCAACAGACCUGGACAGGAGAACUGGUAAGAUAAGCUGACCCAGGGACCCCCAUCUGUAAGGGUGGUGCAGAUCUUGGCUGAUGUGCUAGAACUGUUCCAUGAUACCUACAAAUUAAAGGGACCCUCUAGACUGAAAAACACUUAAUCUUUUUUGGAAAUUAAAUAACACUGCUAUUUCAGACAAUCUUCUGUGUUUACAUUUGUGCAAAACCAUGCCACUAGUGGUCAGUGACCGCAUGUAAGCCACUAGAAGCAGGGGUAGGUAACCUUCUGAUCUCCUGUGAUGCUUUGCCAGCAUUAUGUCUGUACAAGCAUUAUGGGAGAUAUAGUCCUGCAGUAGAGGCUUCUUCUAAUGAAGGCCACCUUCUAUUUUCAAAUGUCUUCAAUUUCUGUGUUUUGGUGCCCAGCGUGAUGACGCCAAACAGUCCUGAUGUUUAUUAUUUAGAAGCAUUCGAUUCCGUGAUUAUUAACUUGAAAAGCAAUGAUUGGUGUAGCAAUUAUUGUCUUUAUUAGAGGUGGAGUGGCUGUUGAGAAGAGAUUGACCUAGCACUUGAAUAAAGUUGAGUAUUUAACUUUUUUUUUACAAGAUUCAAUGUUGGGGUUCAUUUUAAAGAGCACAAAAUAUCAUAUAUACUAAGCAGAAAUUAGAGCAAAUACAUAUAUUUUAUUUACAGAUCUUUAAAAUGCAUCUCCCUAUCUUUCAACCAAUCCUCGGUAUUAGACCUUUGUGUUGGCGGCACAGAGGGUUUAAUGCCGUGGAUUGAGUAACCGGGAGAACAAGAGAACUCAAGCAGGGCCAAACAGACGAGGGGUGGCAAUGGAGCAUGGGUGUUACAAUACACAGUAUAACACUUACAGACAUCCUAGGAUGACAAUAUUGCAGCAGUGGCAAGCAGAUAAGCAAGAUUAUAACAGUUCCCAAAGUAAUAAAAUAUAUAAUUUAUCACUAUAAUAAAUUAUAUAUUUACUGCUUCGGGAAUUUUUAUUAAAUUAAACCAUUUUACAAGAUGUUUUGGUUGUAUCCUAAAACUCAUACCACACUAAACUAAGAAAAAUAUGGCUUUUUACAGACAUUAAAAGUGGGGGAGAAACUUAAACAUUUCUUGUAUUUUUGUAGACCGUUAAUUAUCUGAAAAAUUCCCGCCUGGAGGUUGGCAUGAAGAACAACGUCAAAUGGGAACUGAAUAAAGAAAUUGUGUGUAGGAAUUUUCUGAAAAAUGUGAGUAUGGGGUUCUGUGCAGCAUGUUCUAUAAGAGUUUGCUUAGAUACAUUGUUAGACUGCACUAUGUUCCUGAACACUUUGUGUGACAUGACUGUGUCCAGUCCACGGUUUCCAUAAGGAAUACUAGGCAAAUGUCUAGUGAGCCAUGGUGGCCAUGGGCUAAGACCAACUGUGGAGAUCAGACUCUCCUAUCCAGCCCGUUUAAGACCAGUGUCCUACAGCAGCGCUUCCCUAAAAAGGUAUCUCUGCUCUCCCCACUUGUCAGUGUAUGAUUCACCACCCUCCCUGGCCUUUGGUAUACACUUUUGUUUGACAAGCAGUUCUUGAUGCAGAUUACAAAUAAACAACUUAUUCUCUAUCCACACAUUGCACCAAAAACUGCCCCUGUGCAUACACACUGACACUACACCACAAACGGGUUCUAUCUACACAGUCAGUAUACCGCAGACAGCCCUCUUCAUACACACUCACACACAUACUACACCACAACAGCAGGCUCCUUAUACACACGCAUUUAACACCAAUGAGCACUCUAUUAACUAGCAUUUAAUAUUGAGCUUUUAUGGAGAACUUCACAUCUUACCCAAAUCAAGACACGCGCACAGCCAAGUUCUAGGGUGAGACAUUUCGAAUCACUGCCGUGCUUCGUGUUAGUUGGACAUAGAGGAAGCAUUGUAUGGAUGUGGUCUACACCAGCUGGAGCCACAGAUCAAGCACUUCCUUGUGGCCAAUACUUUGGGUAGUUACGUUAUACUUUACUACAACACCAACCAAGCAUGUAAGACAUAUUUAUUUUUGUUAGGGGAUGGAAUUCUAUGUGUUAGGUUCUAUUUCCGAGUCACCAUGGUGACCAAACAAUUUAUAUUUGUCAAGAUCUAGUAGAAUCUCACUAAUCCUCCCCUUACAAGUGUCGAAAAACUUCUCUUUCCUGUUUCCAGUUGGGUGUUGUGGUUCCUCCAGAGGCUCUGAAGAUACCAGAGGAGUCCAUUACCCGAUGGGGAGAGUACUGGUGUGAGGUGACGGUGAGUGUUUAAUACUUCUGUAUACUUAGAUGACUCAGGCAGUGACCCAGUGCAAGCUUUGGACAUGGUCUUCUGAUCAAUGAUUCUUUCCAUUUUAGGUGAAUGGCAUAGACACUGUACGCCUUCCGAUGGAUGUUGUUAAUUUCGAAAGAGAAAAAACCAAGCGAUACAAGUACUGGCUGUCUCAGCAAGCUGCUAAAAACACUAAUGAGCCUACGUCAGAGGACUGAUCAGUUGGAAGUGCUUUCUAUACUGGCCAUUGCUCCUGGACUGAUUAAGUAAUCUGUGGUUUCCUCGUUUAUUUCUGGAAACUGCCCACGACAUACAGAAAUCCUCCACUUAUUCUAACGAAGGACACGGGCUUCCCAAUGUGACAGUGUCCUGUUAUUCAGUCUGCUAUAAAGGAAUUUGUAAUAAAAAAAUAAAAAAUCUUGAAUUAUAAGCUGAUUCCCAUUACAGGCCAGACCCCAUCUCUUUUGGCCACUGGUUGUGUAGAUAGGAGAAACGCCUGUUAUAGACUGCGGAGUCUCUACUCUACUCUAAGUUUAUAAAUGACUCUGCAAUGCUGCCUUUGUAUUGGAGUUCUGCACCCACAAAUGUUUCAGGGUUGCAUUUGGAAAAGUAAAUUAACUACUUACUAACAUUGUUAUUCAUUAGAGUAAGAAUGCAAAG